CAACAAAAAAAAAAAAAUUAACCAAAAAGAGAAAAAAUAAUGGCUAAAAGAGUGAAAACAAAUCAAGGCAAUUCCCCAAUUCAAGGAAACAUUUCUACAUUUGCCUAACAGCUUCAACAUAGAGAGUUUAACUAGGUUUCUUCCUUCUUCCUCAUCUAAACUUAUAAGGUGCCUUGCUUUAAAGUUAUAAUAAAUAUAUACAAGGAGCAAUGAAUAAUGAAAAGGGUGAACGAGAGAUAUAUUGGUCGGAUAACUUCUGGCAUGAUCAGGCAUCAUCUUCAUCUGAUCUAUCAUUAGAAUGCAACUCUAAUCACAAUUAUUAUAAAAAUUCCAUUGAUGAACAGCACUUUUCCAUGGCGUGCUUAGGUAAAUACGGUGAGCAAACAAAGCAAGAGUUGCAGCUUGGUACGAAUAUAUUUGCAAUGGAUCAUCGUCAAAUGACGAAUGAAUAUCACAUGCCACCUACGCAUCAGACAGGACUGCCUGAUUACCGCACCGAUUACUAUGAAGGAAUGCAUAAUAAUGGAGUUCCACUAGCCGGAGGAGCAGCAAUAAAUUAUGAACCUAUCUAUGUGAAUGCUAAGCAAUAUCAUGGCAUUUUGAGGCGAAGGCAAUCAAGAGCUAAAGCUGAACUAGAAAAUAGGCUUGUUAAAUCCCGGAAGCCAUAUUUGCAUGAAUCUCGUCAUUUACAUGCAAUGAGAAGACCAAGAGGAAGUGGAGGACGUUUUCUUGAUACAAAGAAGACUAAUAGUAAUGAAGAAGCUCCUACUUCGUCAAAUUCCAGCAACCAGGCUUCUUCUUAGUCGUUGCAUAUCAGUCAAUAUUAUUCGCUCCUCCUUCUGUCUUUUUGAUUUUACAUUAUAUGACUAAAAACUCUCAUAUAUUUAAAUCAUAUAAUGUAAAUUUAAAAGGACAGAAAAAAUAUUAAUUAACUAGGCAAAGGAAAGUCAUUUGUAUUAAUUAAUUCACCUCGAGAUAACAUUUUCAACUCGUUUAACUUCUAGUAUGAGAGAACCUUUUAAUUUUCGAAAUAAUGAUUUACAAAUCAA